AUGACUUUGGCUCGCCUAUCUUUGGCGGCACUCCUCGUGUGCGCUGCGGCUGAGCAACCGCAUCAUGUAGAAUAUCAUGCCAUGACGGUGGACUCGGAAGGUGAUGUCUCGAAUGAGAAGAUGAAACAUUUGAUGAGAUCGCACCCGGAUGUCUUGGAAGAAGAGCGGGCGGAGAUCCUUCCUUCCGCAGCAGAUCUGGCGUACAAGGCGAUGGAUUUGGGCUUCGGUACCACGGGAAUGGCCCUGGACGACUAUCCCUUCGCGUGUAUCUGCACCGUGGAGGGCAAAUGCGACAUGGAUCCAGCUGAGACCACCUGUAAGCUGCGCGCAGGGAUGAACGCUGCACGCGGCGUCUCUUUGAGCGCAGUGCUGACGUUCAGCUGUCUCUGGUGGCUGAUCUGGUAG